AUGCUCUCUGCGCGCCCGUUGCAGUCCAUCUGCACGGCUUGCCGGUCGAAACUGCGCACCAGCACCACCGCCCUAGAUGCUGGGAGCAGGACGUGGUCCGCAAGCAGCAGGGCGAGCCUACACAAGCGCAUGCGAUUGAGCGCUCCUCCAACACCCUCGCUAUCAUCAUCGCAUCCCCGCCACUUUUCCGCUUCGAGUCGAGACUGCAACGAACAGCCACGAUCGACGAACGACGCCGAAGACCCUUCCACGCCGAAUGAACAAGGGCAGGCCAGCGCAGAAGGGGAGGGUGCGGGCGAGAACGAAGGACGGCAACAGGACGGCGAUGGUGGGGAGGAAGCGCACGUCAAGAAGACGUACGCCCAGCUCGAGGCCGCGGCGCGAGAUGCGCGUCAGGCUUACGGCGAGGUGCUCCCCGAGGCGCUGCUUUCGCACGAGGAGUUCGUCGUGUACGAGCGGCUGUACGGCGCCCCGCUGCGGAUAGCGCCCGAGGAGGAGCUGAGGGCCGAGGCCGAGGCUCAGCAGCAGCAGCAGUACGAGGAGUCCGGCGAGGGGGAGAGGAUGCCAGAUACGCUUUGGGUGGAGGGCAGGAGCGGGAAGCUGGAGGAGGUGGAGUACUAUUACGGGGCGCCGGAUAGUGGGCGGGUGGUCCAGCAGGAGGAGGUGCUGGAGGAUGAAGAUGCGUUGGCGGAGCGGCUGGAGGCUAUGGAAAUGGAGGGAGAGGAGGAAGAGGGCGAAGGAUGGGAGGAGGAUGGAGUGACGGCGGAUAAAAUCAGGACACAUCCGUUAACCUUCGUGGGGAGGUUCACCACAAGGCCUACGACACUUCAGCUGCCGAAGCGGGAGUUUGUUGAGCCUGUGUCGGAGAUAUUGGCCGCCGCCAAUAAGAAGCAUUUGGCGGAGGUGUCGCAGCGGCUAUACGGAGGACACAGGCUACCGCAUUCGACAGCGACACCACGGACGAUGGGUGGCGAGCUGGUGCAGAAGCCCAUACCAUUGGAACCGUCGCAGCUAAGCAUGUCUCCUAUGGAGGGAGAUUCGUAUCUGGCAGCUGUCAUGCCCGGCACGUACGCCGCUGUUACGAGCAUCCUCGUUGAGGUCCGCAAACGUCUGGGUACCGAGUGGAUAGAAGGUCUUCUUAAGAAGGGGGGCGGCCCUCUGAUCCUUGAUGUCAGCUCCGGCGGUGCCGCCGUCAUGGCCUGGCGUGAGAUUCUCAAGGCAGAGUGGGAGCGGAUGCAAGAAGCCUCCGGCUCGUCCGAGUCCACCGCAGCUCCACUUGGAAAGGCAUCCGUCAUCACCGGCUCCGACACCAUGCGCCGUCGCGCUUCCCAUUUCCUUGAGAACACGACCUUCCUCCCUCGCCUCCCGGAUGCCAUCCUCGCUGGCGAGAAGGUUGGCCCCAAAGCACGCAAGGUUUACGACAUCAUCAUCGCGCCUCAUGCCUUGUGGUCUCUGCAUGAGGAUUACAUGCGCAAAUCCAUGGUCCAGAAACUUUGGUCCUUACUCGACCCGCGCGGCGGUGUGCUGGUCCUGAUGGAAAAGGGCCUCCCGCGCGGCUUCGAAGUCAUCGCCGGCGCCCGAGCCCUCCUGCUCGACAACCACAUCGCUAGCCCCGGUGCCACUCACGUCGAGACCCAGCCCUUGAAUCACCUUGACCAGUCUAACAAGGCCCGUGUUGCGAAAAAGGAAGAGGGCAUGAUCGUUGCGCCGUGCACAAAUCAUUCCGGAUGCCCAAUGUACACGAUUCCGGGCAUCAGCAGGAACAGAAAGGACUUUUGCUACUUCAAGCAGAGGUUCAUCCGGCCGCCGUACUUGCAGAAGCUUCUGGGCGCGAAGGACAGGAAUCACGAGGAUGUGCAGUUCAGCUACCUCGCGGUACGCCGGGGCAACGAUAUGAGGAGAGGGGAGGAAGGUGUGCUUCAGGGCGAGGAGGCGGUGCUCAGAGCGUUCGAGGGCUUGGGUGACAGACAUCGGAACCCGCUGGCGGAGUUGGACGAUGUCGAUGAUGCGGAUAUCGAGGUCGCGGACGCUCAACCAGGCGAGGUCGCCACUGCCGUAAACGACUCCGAUGCAGCAGCAACCGCGCAAGAGGUUGCAGAGGAAACAGCAACAGAACAAGAAGAGCAAGAGGAGGAAGAGGAGGAUUAUGGCGAGGCUACCCAGCUCAUGCUGUCCCUCCCGCGCAUGAUCCUGCCGCCGCUCAAGCGCCGCGGCCACGUCAUCCUCGACGUCUGCACGCCGGCCGGCCGCCUCGAGCGCUGGACGGUGCCGCGCAGCUUCGGGCGGCAGGCGUACCGCGACGCGCGCAAGAGCCGGUGGGGCGACCUGUGGGCGCUGGGCGCGGCGACGAGGGUGCCGCGGACGGUGCGGCUGGGCAGGAAGGAUGGCGGUGUAGGCCCGGCCGCCGCGACGGGCAAGAUCAUGGCGAGCGUGGUGCGGGACGAGGAGAAGACGAAGCUGAACAAGCGGGAUAAGGCCAAGUUGAAGAGGGAGAGGGGCAAGAAUUGGAAGAAGGGGAAGGAGACGAGGCGGAUGGAGAGGGAGAGGAGGGAUAUGGAGAGGGAGGCGGAUGAUGAGGAUGAUGAUAUUUGA